UCCAGCGGUUUGUGCUCGCUUCUCAACACCGAGACUUGACUUGAGUUCUGCACCGAUCUGCGCAGAGGAGGAGCUGUCAAAAGUUUUACCAGAGCGGAGAAAACCUCACACUUUUGCUACAAGUCUUCUACAACUUUUGGACGUUUGGUUAAAAAGCGGAAUAUCGCCUUUUGUUGGAAUGGAAUGACACCUUUAUACCGGGAGCACGUCUAAGUAAACUUCACGAUGGCGACCCGUUUUCUUCAGUGGUUCACUCUCACCUCCUUAGUCUUCUUUGGUCACUGCGUGCUUGCUGAAAAGAAAGUUUGCCAAGGCAUCAAUAAUCGGUUGAACCUUCUCGGCACCAAAGAUGACCACUACCAGAACAUGGUGAAGACCUACAGCAACUGCACUGUGGUCCUGGAAAACCUGGAGAUCACCUACAUGGAGGAGCACCGAGACCUGUCCUUUCUGAGGUCUAUUGAAGAUGUGGGGGGCUACGUCCUCAUCGCGCUCAACACAGCGUCUAGGAUCCCUCUGGACAACCUGCGCAUCAUUCGAGGUCACAGUCUCUAUACCAACGGCUUUGCUCUUGCUGUUUUGGGAAACUACAACAAAAGUUUAGGACGAGGAACUAAUGAGCUUCUCUUAAACAGUCUGACAGAAAUUCUCAAAGGAGGUGUUAAAUUUGACAACAACAACCUGCUGUGUAAUGUAGAGACCAUUCAGUGGUACGACAUUGUGAACACUGAGUCAAAACCCAACAUGGAACUCCCCGUGGCCAGCAACAAGCAAUACUGUAAGAAAUGCGACUCAAGCUGUUUCAAUGGUUCAUGCUGGGCUCCAGGUCCUCAGAACUGUCAGACAUUUACAAAGCUGAACUGUGCACAACAGUGCUCAAAGAGGUGCAGAGGACCCUCCCCCAGUGACUGCUGUAAUGAACAUUGUGCUGCUGGCUGCACUGGACCCAGAGCCACAGACUGUCUGGCCUGUCGGGACUUCCAGGACGAUGGAGUGUGUAAGGACUCCUGCCCCGGACUCAUGCGCUACGACCCCAAUCUGCACCAGCUGGUCCCCAAUCCACAUGGCAAAUACAACUUUGGGGCAACUUGUGUCAAGAAUUGCCCACAUAACUAUGUGGUGACUGACCAUGGGGCGUGUGUGCGGACGUGCAGCGGUAACACUUACGAGGUGGACGAGGGAGGAAUCAGGAAGUGUGCCAAGUGUGAAGGCCUCUGCCCCAAAGUGUGCAAUGGCCUUGGCAUGGGAGACCUCGCUCACACUUUGUGCAUCAACGCCACCAACAUCGAGACCUUCAGAAACUGCACCAAAAUCAAUGGCAAUAUAAUUUUGAUCCACACCUCAAUUCAUGGCGAUAAAUUUACCAAUACGCCCAAAAUGGACCCUGCUCAGCUUGAUGUCUUCAAAACGGUCAAGGAAAUCACAGGAUACCUGUGGAUCCAGACAUGGCCCAAGAGCAUAAACUCACUCAGUCCUUUUGAGAAUUUGGAGAUCAUUCGGGGAAGGACUAAAGCAAGUGGCAGCCGGAGUCUAGCUAUUGUCCAGCUGGACAUCGAGUAUUUGGGUCUGCGCUCUCUCAAGGAAAUCAGUGAUGGGGAUGUGGCCAUUAUAAAGAAUCAAAACCUUUGCUACACAAACGAAAGCCACUGGUCACGCCUCUUCAAAUCAAAAAGCCAAACAGUCACCUUGGACAAAAACUCAAAUGAAGCCACAUGUGCCUUGAAGAACAACACUUGUGACAGGAAGUGCACUGCAGAUGGCUGCUGGGGCCCAGGUCCUGACUCGUGUUUUGCCUGUCGAGAUUUCAGCCGGGACGGGAGCUGUGUGGACAACUGUAACAUCCUGGAGGGUGAGCCAAGAGAAGCUGUGGUGAAUAAAACCUGCGCAGCAUGUCAUCCCGAGUGUCUGCCUGUGAACAGGACGGCAACCUGCAGUGCACCUGGAUCGGGAAACUGUACCAAAUGUGCCAACUACAAAGACGGCCUGUUUUGUGUGGCUCGUUGUCCUCAAGGCGUGCCAGGCGAGGGCGACACUCUGGUGUGGAAAUACGCCGACGAGAUGAAAGUGUGCCAGCUCUGCCACAAGAACUGCACCCGGGGGUGCACUGCCCGUGGUCUUGAAGGUUGUCAGAAAAGUCUGUCUAACGUGUCCAUGAUCACUGCUGGAGUCGUUGGAGGUCUGCUGGCCGCGCUGGUCGCUGGUUUGUCUGUUUUUGUGUUGCUACGGCGACGGCACAUCAAGAGGAAGAGGACCAUGAGGAGACUGCUGCAGGAGAGGGAGCUGGUUGAGCCUUUAACACCAAGUGGAGAAGCACCCAACCAAGCCUUACUACGAAUCCUAAAGGAACCAGAGUUUAAGAAAAUCAAAGUGCUUGGAUCUGGGGCGUUUGGUACAGUUUAUAAGGGCCUGUGGGUUCCAGAGGGAGAGGACGUCAAGAUCCCAGUGGCCAUUAAGGUUUUGAGGGAAGCCACAUCACCAAAAGCAAAUAAAGAAAUCCUGGAUGAGGCUUAUGUGAUGGCGAGCGUGGAGCACCCUCACGUGUGUCGUCUGCUGGGCAUCUGCCUCACCUCCACAGUGCAGCUGAUCACUCAGCUUAUGCCCUUCGGCUGUUUACUCGACUACGUCAAAGAGCACAAAGACAACAUCGGCUCCCAGUACCUGCUCAACUGGUGUGUGCAAAUCGCCAAGGGCAUGAACUACCUGGAGGAGCGGCACUUGGUUCACCGUGACCUGGCAGCAAGGAACGUUCUGGUGAAGACUCCGCAGCAUGUAAAGAUCACCGACUUCGGCUUGGCCAAACUCCUUAACGCAGACGAGAAAGAGUACCACGCUGACGGCGGCAAGGUACCAAUCAAAUGGAUGGCUCUUGAAUCGAUCUUGAACAGGACCUAUACGCACCAAAGUGACGUGUGGAGCUAUGGCGUGACUGUAUGGGAGCUGAUGACUUUUGGGACUAAACCAUACGAUGGGAUUCCUGCCAGUGAGAUUGCUGGAGUCCUAGAGAAAGGAGAGCGCCUCCCCCAGCCCCCCAUCUGCACCAUCGAUGUCUACAUGAUCAUGGUGAAAUGUUGGAUGAUUGAUGCAGAUAGUCGGCCCCGUUUCCGUGAACUCAUCGCGGAGUUCACAAAAAUGGCUAGAGACCCUUCACGUUAUCUUGUUAUACAGGGUGACGAGCGCAUGCACCUGCCCAGCCCCUCAGAUGGCCGACUAUUCCGCAGCCUGAUCAGUGGAGAGGAGAUGGAGGACGCAGUGGACGCAGAUGAAUAUUUACUGCCUCAAAAUGGCUUCUUCAGCAGUCCCAGCACAUCACAGACUCCACUGCUACACUCAACGAGUAUGAACAGUAGCAUUGGACCAACAUGUAAUGGAAGGAACGGUGUACUGAAUGGGUUACCGAGCAGAGACGGGAGCCUGGUUCUGCGGUACAUUCCUGAUCCCACAGACAAGUUCCUGGACGGAGCUUUCCAGCCUGCUCCAGACUACAUAAACCAGAACGGAGUCUCAGAUGUGAUGAACCCCAACUACCAGCAGCCCGGUCCCCCACGCAGCCUCCUCUCCCCCAUCUCCUCCACUUCCGAAGACCCAGAGUCCGAGUACCUGAACUGCUUUAAGACCGAGCCCUCUGGACCUGAAUACCUGAACCAGAUCCCUGCCCCUGCCCCUUCUAUCACCUCAAACGGGAUACCCCUUAACCACUACCCCCAAAAAUACAACCCACAGACAAGCCUGGACAACCCGGACUACCAGCAAGACUUUGUACCGCUCUUUAAAACACACACAAACGGACAUGUCCCUGCGGCGGAAAACGCAGAGUACUUGGGACCAGACUGAUGACCAUAUAUGGGAGUAAAAAAAUAUAUUACCUGCCCUGUUAUGAAGGCUAUAUCGUAUGCUGGAAAAGUUGUUCUGGUUGUAAGUAUGUAACCUAUUUAAUAAGGUGACACUUGCCUUUGGGCGGUAUCUGACGCAACCACUUUUACAAGUAGAGGUGGUUGAAUGAUGGUUUAUUAUAAUGUAAGCCAAUCAAACUGAAAAUUGUGGGACUUCCAGGCUUGGUCCCAUUGAAACUAAAUAGAGAGCCACCCUUAUUUGCAUACUAUGCCCCAUUUCAAAGGCUACAGGACACUUGAGAUGGUACAGAAAUGGCAAAAGAUAUAAUCAACAUUGUACUUGAUGAGUAAUAUAAAGACACUUGGAUUAAAUGGUGGUGAUGAAAAGCUUAUGGUGCAAUGCAAAAGACUAUAACAGAAAGCCUGACGACACUCCCCCAAGUGGAUGAAGACGAAAAUGCAUUUUUGUUCUUGAGAUUGUUAAGAGGAAAACUGGUGAAUUAUAGAGCUUUAACAGAGCAGACAUUAUGACCACUGAUACCAAAUCAUAAUUUUAUUAAUGGAUUAUAUAUAGGGCUGCACGAUACUGGAAGGUAUUGCAAUAACAGUACACUUGACAAAAAGCUAUUCAUUUCAGUUAUAAUAAAACUAAAAGUACAUGCUUUAAUUUACUAGACAAAACCAAGAGUAAAUCUAAUUUUGGAUUUGAUGAGGAAAAUCUUGAAAAUUAGUGUUAUUUAACAUAUUAAUUAAAAAUAUAUAGAGAGAUAUUUUUGUCAGAUGGAGAACCUUGGUGUUAAUGCAAUAUAUUUAGUUGCGAUAUUGAUUAUUGCUUCAGCCAAUGUUAGCCAAAGUGCAAUAGUUCAAUAUUAAUACUUUCGCAAGUAUGCAACCCUU